CUGUGUGGCUUCCCUUUUUAAGGUGGUUGGGUAUGGUGCGGCCAGGCUGUUCUGUGUAUGGCUGGAGACACUGCUGAAAUCCUUUGUUCAGAUACGCUCAAAGGAGUUAUUUGGAAGCUCAUUACCAGUUCUUGCAGAUCUCCAAGGCAAGAUUCAUGGGUUUCUCUUAUUUUAGUGCUUUAAGGGUGAAUUGCAGUGGCGAGAAGUUGGGAGGAGUCUUGCUGGCCCAGGCAGGAAAUGGUUAAGAGCCUUUCAUAUCACCUGGGAAAGCAAUCCUUUGAUUUUUCAGAGGGCGCUAACAUGCUGCAGUUCAUAGGAAACAAAGGGAAGGGGAUCAAGUAUAAAAGUUGUUCUUGGGUUUUAUUUUCAGUGGCAGAACUUGUGAGGGCUGGAUACUGAUGCCUGCUGGAAAAGAUGGACAUUUGGAUUCAGAAGAACUGAUUUUUCCUUAUCUUCUUUCCGAAAAUGAUCUGUGAGAUUAUUUUCUAGCCCUUGGACCUCUCCCUUGGAUUUUCUCCAGUUCGCCCAUUAUCUUUCCCAAGUGUGUUGCCCCAGCCUGGACAAGACUUCAGCAGAAGCUUUACCACAGCUGAAUGGAGGGAGAGGACUCCUCAACUGGUCUCAGUGGUGUCAGAAAGAUGAAUUUCCUCCUGAGCCUUUCUUCCCUACUCUGAGUUGUCUGAAGUACUUGUUCUCAACUCUACUGCUGAUGUCCAUAUGAUUUGGUGUGGCUGUCCUCAUAAACUAAAAAAUAUGUCCAUCCGAGGCCUGAAGAAGAAACAACCAAAGACUUUUAAAGUCAAAAUUGUAACAGUGGAUGCUGAAAUGGAGUUCAGCUGUGAGGUUAAGAAACAAAUACUGGAUGAGGAAAUCUAUUGUUCUCCAGAAGCAACAGUUUUACUGGCUUCUUAUGCUGUUCAGGCCAAGUAUGGUGACUACGACCCAAAUUUUCAUGAGCCAGGCUUUCUAGCCCAUGAUGAGCUUUUACCCAAAAGGGUCCUCAGGCAGUAUCAGCUGACAGCAGAGAUGUGGGAAGAAAAGAUUACUGCUUGGUAUGCUGAGCACAGGGGUAUUGCCAGGGAUGAAGCUGAGAUGAACUACCUGAAAAUUGCCCAAGACUUGGAAAUGUAUGGGGUCAAUUAUUUCCCAAUUGCUCAAAAUAAAAACCACACAGAUCUCCUACUUGGAGUUGAUGCCAAAGGUAUUCAUAUCUACAGCAUUAAUAACAGGUUCUCUCCAAAUAAGUCGUUUGAGUGGAGUGCUAUCAGAAACAUUUCCUAUAGUGAGAAAGAGUUAACUAUUAAACCUCUUGAUAAAAAAGCAGAAGUCUUCAAGUUCUUUUCCUCUCAACUCAAAGUAAACAAAUUGAUUUUGCAGUUGUGCAUUGGAAACCAUGACCUAUUUAUGAGGAGAAGAAAAGUGGACUCAAUAGAAAUCCAGCAAAUGAAAGCACAAGCCAGGGAAGAAAAAGCUAGGAAAAAGAUGGAGAAUCAAAGGCUGGCCAGGGAGAAGCAGCUCCGAGAAGAAGCUGAGCGAGCCAAAGAAGAGCUGGAAAGGCGUCUUUUCCAGCUGGAAGAUGAAGCCAGGCAGGCCAAUGAGGCCCUGCUCCGAUCCCAGGAAGCAGCAGAGUUGCUGGCUGAGAAAGCUCAGAUUGCAGAAGAAGAGGCAAAAUUGCUGGCCCAGAAUGCUGCAGAAGCUGAGCAAGAGCGACAGAGGCUGGAGAUCACAGCUCUGAAAACCAAGGAGGAGAAACGCCUGAUGGAGCAAAAGAUGCGGGAGGCAGAGCUGAUAGCAGUGAAGCUGGUGAAGGAGUCUGACCGGAGAGCCAAGGAAGCAGAGCAUCUGAAACAAGAUCUGCAUGAAGCCAGAGAGGCUGAACGGAAAGCAAAGCAGAAACUCUUAGACAUAACCAGGCUUAAUUAUCCUCACAUGGUCAAGUACCCACAAUACUCCCCAGCUGACACCAGAGAUGCCAACUUUGACAAAGGAUCCAUAAAGCUGGAUUUGAAGGACAUUGACCUCAAGAGACUAUCCUUUGAGAUAGAGAGAGAGAGGCUAGACUACUUAGAAAAGAGCAGAAAGUUUGAAGAUCGACUGAAAGAACUGAAAUCUGAAAUUCAUGCUUUGAAACUAGAAGAAAAACAGUCUGGGCUUUACUCUCACUGGAAUGAAGUCCUGGGAUCCUUGGAUCGCUCCUUAGGAAAUACCCCAUUGUGGAUGAAAACCUUUGAAACUGGAGAUUCAUUGGAUAUAAAUCUUCGAAGACCUUUCCCUGCUUACUUGCUAAAUACUACAAGCAGCUGGCCUUGUACCAACAAAAUUCAGCACACGGUGCCAGUGGAAAAGUCCUCUUUCCAAGCCAAUUCCUUGGUUGCCAGCAGUGUGGGCACAGGAACUAGAAAACACAUUAUAAAGGUUCAGCAGCACGACUCGGAUGUGAUCUACAUUUGAAACCACUCAUUUCCUUACCAGACUGGUAGGACAUUGUGGCCAUCGUUUUUGGCUGCUGCAAAUUGCACCUAUAUGAGGACACUUGCACAGCUCUGUCUGCUGACAGGCAGCAGCUUAAGAGACACGGUACUAUAGCUAGAGAGGUACCAUUCAGCUUCCAAGCAGGUAAUGUAAGCUGGGAGCACUGAAACUGCCAGUGUAACAUGGUGUCUUUGGGUACAAUGGUAAACAUACAAACCCAGAGCAGUGUUGUUUACUACUUAUGCACUUUGAAGAAACACUUUAUACUUCAUUAAACCUUCUUCCCCCAGGUGUUUUUACACCCUGACUGACCAGUAUGGUACUGUACUUAUGUAGAAAGGAUGCUAGGCAGCAAGUGGCCAGGAGAUGUUUGGGAUGAGAAGAAAAUUGUCCAUGAGCUUGGUGUUUACCUACACAAUAGACUGAUUAUGUGUUCAGUCAGGUCCAUGGGACAGGAGUCCCACAGAGCUGCUCAGCAUGUUGGUGUCUGCCUGCCAAAUCCUUUCUUUUCCUCCCCAAACACUUCUUGGUUUGCUUAAUUGAUCUGCAUUUCUCUGUGAGAAAUCUCAGCUUUCAGUUCCAGAUGUAGAGGUGGACAUCUUCAAAUACCUCUCAUUCCUGGGGGAAUCCUUUGUUUGAAAUGCAAAGCUUCUCUUCUCUCUACGGCUUCGGACUCCAUCAAGCACUUGCUGUUGCUUUUGCUGCUCCAGCAAACUUUGCAUACAUUAACUUGUUUCCCCAGUUCUGUGUAACGCAGCUUGCAAAUUAGGCAAAGACAAAAGAUGCUCUUGGUGUCUGCUGAAGUUGGACUUGUCUCUGACGGAGAGGUGCAUGCAGCAAAAUGUCUGCCUCAUUAGUAAAACCUACUUGCAUUUUCUGGUUUUGUGUGUGUUUAACUGUCUGUUUCACCAUAAAUCUUCAGCCUGGGGAAGCAGACAGUAAGCAGCUGUAGCUGAAGUAGUAGCACUGUUGAGCUUGUGUUGUAAAAAUGAAUGGUAAUGUUGUUAAAUAUCUUGUUCUAAAAGCUAAGGUUAAAAGAAAUACAUUCAAUAAAAAGCUCCCAUUUCCACUUGCUA